UUGAUGAGAGGCUAAAGGUCAGCGAGACUGAAACUGACGGGAUCCCUGCUGGCCGAUCUGAUUGGGAACGGGAAGUGGCCGUGGAUUUGACAGUGGUGCCGCUGCCGACUUAUUGCUGAAGUUGAUGGCGACAUCGCGAGGAGAGGGAACUCGUCGUCUGUGUUUACAAAAGAAGACAAGUGAAUCGGUGGCAAUUUGAUUCGAUUGAAAUGGAGUUGAGAGCCGUGCUUUCAGUUCUGGGGUUGGGGUUAUUUUUGCUUGGAGCCGGUGUCGAAGGUGGUUGCGUGGACUUGGGGACUUGCUGUAAGGGCAGGGAAUCCAAAUGUCACACGACUGGCUGGCGGCCCGAUCGUUCCUACGGAACCUGUUACUGCGACCAGGCUUGUGCACGUACCUUAGAUUGUUGCCACGAUUACUAUCUGGCCUGUCCAGCUGUUUCUUGCAAAGUAACCGAGUGGAGUUUCUGGAGUGGCUGUGCGGAACCCUGCAAAAACACUUACCGUGUUCGUCGACGGUAUGUCACAGAGGAGCCGAAGAACGAUGGUGAGCCUUGUCCCCCCUUAGAGGAAAGAGCUGGAUGUGUGGAAUAUCGCAGUGACAAGGACAGAACGUGCAGGCAAUCUCUUGUCCCGGCGUUAAUUACUACAGGGGGAUAUGGAAAAGCUCGAAAAAAGCGAGAUGCUUCCAUUGGAUCCCAGGAGUCAGGGUAUUGCAUGGAAUUCCAAGUGAAGUCUUUGUCUCCGAAUUGCUUGAUUGAACACCGUCCUCAUGCUAGGUGGAUGCAGUACCUUCGGCAAGGCUUCACUGUGUGUGUGGAAUGUCAGUCUCCUGCAAUGAACUCUGGCUUCCACAGGUGUUCUGGCGACGGGGGAGAGAUCGAAAGGAACCAGAUUCUACAGUGGUAUGCAAUUGGUAAUCCUCACUGCAGAGGGACAUGGAAAUGGAUUCGACAAAUUGAAUCGUGCUCUUGCCCUUCAGUCCACAGCUUUUUAUUUAUUUGAAGUAACUCAUCCGGUCCAUGAACGCUCACUACUAAUUAACAUUUCCACCGACAUCAGAAGUUUGGAAUUUUAUUCAAACAACAUGAAGACUAAAUAUAGGAUAUAUUCUGAACACUGCAGUAAGAAUAUGAGGAAAUGACUGAAAUGUUACCUUCUGAAAAUGGUUUUAUUUCCUAGAAUUUUAAAAUCCUAUUUCAUCACUAUGGGAUUAAAAUCAACUUCAUUCACCCUUUGAGAAAAAUGAAACUUCAAAAUGAAUUUACUGCUUUAAAUCUGAAUAUCUCUGACCAUUUAAACACCUUAAAAGUACCAUAUUUAGACAUCAUUUUAUAGGUUUUAUUUUUAUUGUUGAAGUUAUUAAUUUCUUUCAAAUAUUACACCCUGUAUAGUUAUUACACACACAGAUUUAAUAGGCAUAUCUGGUGUAUAGUAUCUCUCAGUGAGACCUUCUUUCCCUGAACAUUGGUGGAAGUCCAUUUUUGGUUGGAAAGCAUUUCUGGAUGUGCAGGUAAUUGAUGAUUUGAGAAAUGAGUAACUUACUGAUUUUUUAAAAUUACUGUUAAAGUAAAUCAUAUAAUAAAUUUGUGGCUUACUUUAGAAAUAAAAUUUAAGAUUGAAAUCUUGAGACGAAUUUAGCAAAUGGGAAAACUGAGGAAAAUGCUGCAUGCAUAAAAUAAAUUCUUUCAAUAUGGUUUCUUAAAAAGUUUCUUUUAAUAUGGUUUGAAAUGAGACUUUAUAGGUGGAAUGGUUUAAAUAAACUAGUUAAUACCUUUUCUUUAAUGAGUAGCCAAAUGUAUUCCUACGUGCAAACCAUUUCACCUGUUGUAAUGUGAACAAAAUCGCCGGAGAGAUGCAGCUGGUAGAUAUGAAGUUGUCUUUUUAUUUGACAAAAUGAGACACCGUAGGUGUUAUAUUGAGACCCUUUCGGAGGAAGGGGCCUACUUGACCCAACAUUACUUGACAUUUUGUAUGCUAAAGAUCAAAGGACAAUUCUAUAUUUACAAUGUAUCUCCAAUGCUUCCUUGAAUUACAUAUAACUUUCUCAUCUCCGUGUUUGCAUCCACGUUCCAGACAACCAAAAUGAAUGUUAAUCUGUAUUGUCUGGUUUUUCAGUUAACAGCUCUAGGAACCUAUUGUCCAGAGUUCCAUUUGAAAUUUAAUCUAUAGUCCAUGUUCAGGUCUAAAGAUUGGUGGCUAAAGUUAAUAUUUUGCUCCAUGCACUGUCAGUGACAGUGAUGGAACAAAAUAGUGAUGGAAUGGUCAGACUUCUGAUUUCCACCCAAAGUAAACUUCUGUGUUCAAUGAAUAUUACAGAAUUUUGGUCACUUAUGGUUAUCAUUACUGUUCUCUUUGUAAUCACUGUAAUUUACCUGUUGUAUUGUGCAUUGGAUUCAAAUUUCACUUUAUUCCAUAAAUAUAUCUCAUGGCCUUUGUUGAAACCUCUUGGAGCUGUAACAUUGUAUUUCACCAUCUUAUUAUCCAACUUGGAUGUAAGUAUUUUUGUGUUCUUGCUUGUACUCUGUAGCAUAAACAGAAAGCUUAUGUUCCUA